UUGGUGAAAUCCCAUUGGACAGAAUUGUAUUUUACACUUUGGCUGACGUGUGGGUUCCUAUUUAUCCCUUUCUGCCUGCUGGAGCUGUCAAGACGGCCUCCUGAACCAGGGGUUCAAAAUGACUUCUUCAUUGUGUGUGCUGGGGCCUCUUUGUUGCCUCUUGCUCAUCUCAGGCCACCUGGAGGCCAAGACUCUGCUGAGCGCCAUCCAGCAGGAAGCAAUGGUUCCUGUGAGCGAACUCAGCCUGGACUCAGAGAAAGCCAACGGCUUCUUGACUCACUCCAGACCCAGACGUAACGUGGAACCGAAGUGGCACAGAGGAAACCCAGACUUCCAGUCCUACUACAGAUACUACAGCAGUAUCGGACACGUGGAGGGGCUCUAUGAGAUCGACAAGCUGAGGAUGCUCUACCAGCAGAUGAGGUAUCUGGAGCAGACGUACGGUCCCGACGCCCCGUACUACCAGAACAAACUCGUGCCAAAGAUCAAGUGCGACCCAGCUACUGACAAAUCGUGCAAACUCCCACCUCCGCCUCCUCCCAUGAAAGGGCUCCCAAAGCCCACAGAACCCCCGAUAAUUCCUCCACCUCCCCCCGCCAUGUCUCAGGCUGACGUGCUCUUCCUCUGCAACAGCAAGGACCCCCUCUGCAAGCCUCACAUCGUCUACCUGCCUUCAGGCGCCGUGCCUGUACUCUGUGACCCUCGCUACCACCCCCACUGCACCCCUCAGAAGGCCCCACCAGCCCCCGUGGUAGUGCAGAAACAUCUUCCUCCUCCUCCUCCUCCAAAGAAGUCUGCUCCACCUCCACCUCCAGUCUACGUCAAGAAGACCCCCGUGGUCCCUGUCCGUGCCUUCAAGGGCAUGGAGUAUGACUGCGACCCCUACUGGGACCCCGACUGCCUGAUCGACCACCCUCCCAGGUCCAUCAAGGGAAAGAUCGAGGCGCCUCCACCAACUCCCCCACCUGAGGAGGAGCCGGUAGAAGAGCCGUUACCCCCCGCUCCCAAAGAAAAGAAACUAACCUACCCACACCCUUACCCUUACUACUACUUCCCCCACCCGUAUGACCCCAGGGAUGACCUUUAUGACCCUGCUCGCUUCCAGUACCCACAGCCUGAUGCUGCAGCUGAUGAGCCUGCAGAGGAGGGGCAUUGAUAAUUAGGUGGGAGGGGCGGUGAAACAGCUGUCUUUAAAUGGAGCAGGCUGAUUGACACCAGGCAUAGAAUACAGCUGUGAUUAGAUCCGUCUGGAUUCAGAAUCACCUUCAGCAUGAGGGGAAGCGGUUUUUACUCAACAUGGCCAUUCAUGCAUUUGCUCUUUGAACAGAUUUCAAAAUAAAAGUCAGUUUAUGGUUUGACAUUUGCAUAGACACACGUUUCCACGCCGGUGCAACGUGGCAGCUAAACUAAAGUGUACCGACUCAGACUGGAGAUCAUUAGGUCUGCUUCCGCUGUACAUCUAACACCCAAAUAAAAGCUGACUCCUGCUACACGUUGCACUCAGUG